UUGUGUCUCCUCUCGGCCUCUGUCGCUCUGCCUGUCUCCCCGCUGCCAACACCUCUGUCUGGUCCAUCCAGCCAGUCACUCUCCACUCUAGGUGAAGAUGUCGGCGCAGGAGAGCUGUCUCAGCCUCAUCAAGUACUUCCUCUUCGUUUUCAACCUCUUCUUCUUUGUCCUGGGAAGCCUGAUUUUCUGCUUCGGCAUCUGGAUACUCAUUGACAAGGCCAGCUUCGUGUCGUUUGUGGGUUUGACCUUCGUGGCCCUGCAGAUCUGGUCCAAGGUCCUGGCCAUCUCAGGAAUCCUCACCAUGGGCCUCGCCCUCCUGGGUUGUGUAGGGGCCCUCAAGGAGCUCCGCUGCCUUUUGGGUCUGUAUUUUGGGAUGCUGCUGCUCCUGUUUGCCACGCAGAUCACCCUGGGGAUCCUCAUCUCAACUCAGCGGGUCCGGGUGGAGCGAAGAGUGCAGGACAUCGUGCUAGAGGCCAUCCAAAACUACCGUGCUGAUCCGGAGGAGACAGCGGCCGAGGAGAGUUGGGACUAUGUGCAGUUCCAGCUGCGCUGCUGCGGCUGGCAUUCUCCCCAGGACUGGUUCCCGGUCCGCGUCCUGAGAGGCAACGGGUCGGAGGCGCACCGCGUGCCCUGCUCCUGCUACAACUCCUCGGCGGCGACCAACGACUCCGCAGUCUUCGAUAAGAUUAUCUUCCCCCAGCUCGGCCGGUUCGGACCGCGGRCACGACCCAGGCACAGUACAGACAUCUGCGUGGUCCCUGCAAAUGGCCACAUCUACCGCGAGGGCUGCGCACAGAGCCUCCAGAAGUGGCUGCACAACAACCUCGUCUCCAUAGUGGGCAUCUGUCUGGCCGUCGGUCUACUCGAGCUCGGCUUCAUGACGCUCUCGAUAUUCCUGUGCAGAAACCUGGACCACGUCUACUACAACCGGCUGGCUCGAUACCGMUAGACCCCUCCCCGACCCCUUCAAGUGCCCUGGACUUGUAAAUAUUUGUUUCCCUUGAGCCCUCCACCUCCUCAUUCCCUUGGGGACCCAGAUGUCUGCCUGGCCACUGCCACCACCUCCCCCGGGGGACCUGGGGCUUCCUGCCCCACACAUGCUUCCUUUCCUUGACUCA